CAAAGGUAAAAUAAUAACGGUAUCGGAAGGAAACGAAAGUUAAACAACAAGAAAAAAGUGAUUCAGUUUAGCGGUUCGUCAGGAAGUGUAACUGAAUCGAUUUUAUUUAUUGAAGCUAACGAAGGAUGAAUUUGUACAUUUUAGUACAAUUCAGCCUUGGUGCUCUACUAUCACAGGUUACGGCACGAGAAAUAGAUUACUGCUACACUUCUGACCAGGAUCCUUAUCUACUUAUGGGUACCAAGACGGCUUAUCAAUUCGUUCAAGGCAGAUCUCGAUUUCCGCCUGUGUCGAAUUGUUCACCAAUUCAAAUAUGGAUUUUAUCAAGGCAUGGAACUCGAUAUCCUGGAAAAAAAUCAAUCGCACCAUUAUUAACACUUUCCCGACUUCGAGAUCAAAUUAUCUAUAAUCACGAAAAUCGAGGAAAUGGCCGAUUAUGCAAUAAUGACUUUCAAGCUUUAAAAAAUUGGUAUCCUUAUCCAAGUUUAAAUGAAACUUUUGCCAAUGAGUUAACGCGACAAGGUGAACAGGACAUGCGACUACUUGCUAGAAGAUUGCAAAGCGAAUUCCCCGAUAUUCUCAGAGCAGAUCCACAAAUUAACAAUUACCAAAUAUAUAAGUUUCGUUCUUCGAAUACUUCGCGUACACGAAAGAGUAUGGAAGCUUUUAUGGAUGGCCUUUUUAAUAGUAGAAACGCUGUGCCCAAAGAAUAUACGCCAUCCAAUGAUUCUUUACUGCAUGCAGAUAAGAAUUGUCCAGAAUGGGAUAAAAGCUACGAUACAGACCAUGUUAAUGAUGAAUCAGAUAAAUUUAUCCUUGGAACCGAAUAUCAAAAUCUUAUUCAAAAUGUCAGCAGUCGACUUGGUUUUAGUCAUAAUAUUAAUAAUGAAUCGAUUGGAUUGAUGUACGAUAUGUGCAGGUAUGAGAAAGCGUGGGAAAUUAAUCGCUUAUCAAUUUGGUGUUCAAUUUUUAAUAAACAAGAAUUAAAGAUUUUGGAAUAUCUCGAGGAUCUUAAUCAUUUUUAUUAUACUGGUCCCGGACGAGAAAUUAAUAAGAAACUGGGAUGUCCGCUUGUAAAGGAUAUGUUCGAGCAUUUUCGUAAUUUGGAAAGUGGACACGACGAAAAUGAGCCAAAGGGAAUUUUUUAUUUCUCUCAUACGGUUACUCUUCAAAACUUCAUGGCGGCAUUAGACAUUGACAAGGAUUCGACACCAUUAUUGGCUAGCAAUUAUCAUUCCGUGACUAGAAGACAUUAUCGCACUUCGAUGCAUGGAGCGUUCGGCACUAAUAUAGUGGCAGUUUUCUACAGAUGCAGUGAUGUACAUUCACCGAAUAAAGUUAUGUUCUACAUAAAUGAGAUUCCUCUACUUAUGGACGGCUGUAAAGUUGGAUUAUGCGACUGGGAGUUUUUGAAGGAAAGAUUUGGCCGAACUGCCGAGGAAUGUAACCUUAAUUUUUGUUUUAAUCCAAAUGAUGCUUCUGUUUUUAAUACUUAUGGAUUCGCUUACAUUUUUAUUAUCAUUCAUGCAAUUUUACGCUCGCUUUUCUAUCUGUGAUGUGAAUCUAUAUAGAUACUUAAAUUUUAAUAUGCACUGUAAAUAAUAUUAUACCACAUAUAAAUUUUAGACGAUACCUAUAUUGUAGAAUUCCAAUCGAAAAAAUAUCAUUAAAAACAUUUUUGUGCGCGUGCUUAAUUUAAUCGCUAUUAUCGUUAUUU